ACUCCCCGACUGACAGCUCUCACAGCCAAUGGCAGCCCGGUGCGCUCAGCGGGGCGGGAGCGGCGGGGAAGGUUGGACCAAUAAGCAGCAGGGGGCGGGGCCAUAAAGCCGGACGUGGCGGCGGAACGGGCACGUGAAGAGUGGCGGAACCAUGGCCCGGGGACCGGGACGGGGACAGAAAGCGGCCCGGCGACCGCGACAAAAGCUGGGAUCGGGACCGAAACACGGGCAGAGACCGGGAUCGGGACCGAAACAGGGCCGGGGACCAGGACCGGGACCAGGAAAGGGACAGAAAGCGGGACCGGGGCCGGGACAGGGACGGAAAGCGGGACCGGGACAGAAAGCGGGACCGAGAUCGGAACGUGGACCGGCCGAGCCGCUGCGCAGCAGGAAGGAGAAGAAGGACAACAUGAAGCCCAAACACCCCGAGGAGCAGGAGAUCCCGUUCCGCCUGCGGGAGCUGAUGCGGAGCCGCGAGGCCCUGAAGCGCCCGGAGCCCGGCAGGAGGCAGGCGGCAGAGAAGAAGCAGCAGCAGAAGGGCCGGGGCCCCGAGGCUGCCGGGGACGUCCCCGUGCCCAGGUUCCGGAGGGGCAGGGGGGAGUCGGAGCGCUCCUACGUGUGCCGCAUGGAGCAGGAGGUGCGGCGCGUCCUCUUCCUGGCCGAGAACCGGCUGCAGCGGGAGCCUGAGAAGGACGCCACGGCUCCGGAGAAGUCCAGAAGGAAAAAAGAGUUUCAGAAAAGGAAGCUGGAAAAAGCUCGGAAGAAGAAGGAGGAGAGGAAGGAGGCCAUGCUGGAGAAGAGCCUCUUGCAAGACACCGUGCCCUUCGGAGAGGUGGUGACACAGCCCCCCACCAUCACCUCACGGCCCAGGGGCCACGGUCCCGCCGAGCAGGCCGGACAGAAGCAGCUCCUCCUGACGCCUCGCCUGGGACAGAGCCAGGCGUCCCCCGCGUCCCCCGUGUCCCCGGUGAUGUCGAUGGCUCGCCGGCGCAUCCUGGAGGAGGAGCGGGCCCGCGUCGUCCGCGCCUACCGGGACCUCCAGAGGCGCAAACAGCUGGAGCGGGAGCGCGCGCGGGCCGGGCCGGGCUGAGCACCCUGGGACGCCAGGGGGACACCGUGCUCCUGUGUCACUGCCGGGACUCCAGGGGGACACUGUGCUCCUGUGUCACUGCCGGGACUCCAGGGGGACACUGUGCUCCUGUGUCACUGCUGGGACUCCGGGGGGACGCUGUGCUCCUGUGUCACUGCUGAGCCCAGGGAUUCCCACAGCUGGGACUCCGGGGGGACAUUGUCCUGGUGCCCCUGUGUCACUGCUGAGCCCAGGGCUUCCACCCUGCCCGGCUCAGCCCUGGAGCGGGUCCCGGCGGUGCCGUGGGUUGUUUGGAGUAAAAGGUGCCGGUGGUG